UGAUAGUUUGCUGUCGACCAUUGGUGUCAGCUGGUGGUUUCGUCAGAUGAUAUCGUGAAUCCUGUAAUAUCACAUCGAUCACCGUGCAGAAGAAAUAUAUUCAAGAUGAGCGGAGGAAUGCCUGAGUUGGGCUCGAAGAUUAGUUUAAUAUCGAAAGCGGAUAUUCGUUACGAAGGCCGGCUUUUUACUGUUGAUCCUCAAGAAUGCACAAUUGCUCUAGCUAAUGUACGUUCCUUUGGAACUGAGGAUCGGGAGACACAACUUCCAGUGGCACCACAGAAUCAAGUAUAUGAGUACAUCUUAUUCCGUGGCUCAGAUAUUAAAGAUAUCCGAGUUGUGAACAAUGUUAGUUCUAUUCCAAAUGAUCCAGCUAUUGUACAGAUGACGGUGCAACCGUCUAUGAGCCAGCAGUCAUACCAGCCUCAACCUAGUUAUGCUCAUCCAAUGAUGGGUCCAAUGGGUGGCCAAUAUGGGACACCCUAUGGCAUGACAAUGGGUACUAUGGGACCUGUAAUGGGAAUGCCAACGUCUGCUAGAGAUCCUCGUGGACCAAUAAAUAAACAGCCAAGUGAGUUGAGCUUGGGCUCUGCUGAACCCAAUGCCAUCUCUAUCCCAAACUCACUACCGAUGGCCAAUGUCGACCCAUUACCAAAAGACCAAUCUCUGGAAGAUGGUGUAUUAGAUCUUAUUAGCGGAGGUUCACGAUCAACAACUCCAACUUCCUCGUUGUUAACACGCAAAAGUCCAACCAUAGACCAGGGUAUUCAAGUAGGCAUUCAGCAACAACAAAAACAACAAACCGGUGGUGUUGGUAAACUUGGCGAUAAGACGAACAUGAGAACUAUUCAACCUGUUCGACGUGAUCAUGAUAGCGGUAAUAAGACAGGAGGAUCCGUGCCUCAAUACGAUGGAAAGCGUGAUUCGAUGAAGCAAGAUAGUCAAUUACAAGGUCAAGGUACCCAUAACCAAGGAGGUCGAGGGAACCGUGGUGGAUGGAUGAAUCGUGGAAAUAUGCGAGGUAGAGGGAGAGGUCGUGGCGGCUUUAGAAAUCAACCUGGCAAUACUGGAGCCAAACCGAAGAAUACAUUGAAAUUCGAUAACGAUUACGACUUCGAACAGGCCAAUACUGAAUUCGAAGAGUUGAGAUCUCAGUUGGCAAAGACGAAGAUUGAUUCUGGUGCUGAUAACGAGAAGAAAGAUGAUAGUGGCAAUGAGACUGGAGCGGGCGAAGGAGAACCUGAAGAAGAACCCGAGAUUGUGCAUUAUGAUAAGUCUAAAUCAUUUUUCGAUAACAUUAGCUGUGAGGCUGUUGAAAGGAGUAAAGGACGGUUCCAACGCACGGAUUGGAGGACAGAACGUAAACUGAACUCUGAAACGUUUGGUGUUGCGUCAACGAGACGCGGUGGUUUUCGCGGACAUGGGUACUAUAAUCGUGGAAUGGGAGGCAUGUAUCGAGGUGGUGGUGGUGCUGGUGGUUCUGGUUUCCGAGGUGGUUACAGAGGUUCCAGAGGUGGCAACCGUAAACCCGCUAACCAACAGCAACAAAACAAUCCUGGCACUCAAAAUCGCACGACCAACGAACAAUCAACUACUCAAUCGCAGCAGAAUAGCCGCGUUGUAUCUUACUGAAUGAACAACGCCCUACUAUAUAAAUAAGUAUUCACUUUAGGAUUAAGAUUUUUACAAUACAUGCUCUGCCUUUACGGACUGAUUUGAAUUCGAGUGUAAAAAAGGAUUCAACGGGUUAACAAGAGAAGGUAAAGGUAAAAGAAAAAGAAACGGAAGGUUCUUAGAGAGAACUUUAUCGAGAGGUUUUUCUAUGGUCACGCAGGAAUAACGUAGGAAACUGAUCAAUGCUUCGUAAGUCCUGCGUUUAGAAUUUCUCGACAAAUAAAUGCGAAUCUUAUUGUUAUGAAUAGUUAAGUUUCGAAAAAGAAAGAAACUCGAUAUUCAGAGCUAUCAUGUCCUACGAGUUAAGAAAACGUCAAAUGCUUAUGAGUGUAAUAAGUAUAAUGGGUGUAAUAAGUAUAAUGAGUGUAAUAAAUAAUACACGCCGGACGGUAGAUUGUUUCAAACAACGUACACAGAAGUAAUAAGUUUUAAAUUUUCAGUUACACUUUGUUUGAACACUGUUAACUCGACAAGCAUGCAAUUAUGAGGGUAAGAGAACAAUAAGAAUCUCAAGGAAACUUUUCUAAUACAACGUGAAUGCAGCGUUUAUAAAACAAAUGGGUAGUAUAAAAACGAUUUCGAAGAAAGAUAAAAGAAGUGACUAAUUACUUUUCCAUGUUGCAUGUGUGUUACUCUAGCGAAACGAGACACAUGGGGCACUAUUGUUGAUUAAAGCUUUUCACGGGUGAAUGAAACAAAUUAGUAGGGAAGAACAAAAUAAAAAAAAAGUAAAACGGAACAUGCGUACAAUCGCAAACUAGAGGUAGGACAAUAUAUUAUGGUUAUUUUGAACAGUCAACUUUAUUUAUUUAAGAUAAUGACCGUGUAUGCGAACAAUGGUGAAAUAAUUAUUUUACUCACGUAUCUACUAGGGGGUUUUGAUUUUCGAACAGGAACAUCCCAUUGUUCCUUGCGAAGAUAUAGAAAAAGAAAACAAACAAAAAGAUUGAUUUUGUAUAUUUCAUAGGAACAUGCGCACGAAAGCCGAAUCGUACAUCGAUAUUGACCAUUAAUUAUUUUUUUUCUUUUUUUUUGAAAUAUUGAACGUGGUAUGCUAGUGAAAGAGAAAAUGGGAGCACGAAUGCCUUCUCGUGGUUCGACUGCGUUUAAUAAUUCUGACUUUCUAUUGAAAAUAAAAAUUAAGAAACCCUUUUGGUGUACGAGGACGCUGUACGUAAAUUGCAGGUAGCGUUACGAGAGUAAGACUCUAAAAGCAUGAUAAUGUCCUUAAAGAUAUAAGACGCAAAAGGAAAGGCAGAAUAGGUAUAUUAUUUGCGACUGUUAUUUUCUUAUGGUUCAUAUGAAAUCCUAAACGUAUACAGAUAUAUACAUUACAUUAACAUGAGAUUUAGUUAUGUGUAAGUCCAAUAAAAAAAAAUGAAGAAAACCUCCAUAAGCUAACAGUAAAGUUGCAAAAAAAA